UUCUUUUUUUCUUUUUUUGGCGGCCAUUUCUCUCCGCGUUGAGCGAGCGGUUCGGGUCGGCGGCGGCGGCAGCGGCGGUUCCGGUCACGAGGGGUCGGUAGCAGCGGCGGAGUCGGCGGCUAGUGGGGUUGCAGCGCUCGCGGGUGUUCGCCAUGAGUUUACCCCUCAAUCCCAAGCCUUUUCUCAAUGGACUGACUGGAAAGCCAGUGAUGGUGAAACUCAAGUGGGGGAUGGAAUACAAGGGCUACCUGGUCUCUGUGGAUGGCUACAUGAAUAUGCAGCAUUUAGCUCUAUAAUUCAGCGCAUUAGUACAUUCACUUGCUGUGUGGCCAUCACCAUUGUUCAUUCCCAGAACGUUUUCAUCUUCAUCGUCCGCGAGUGGAACUCUGUACCCAAUAAAAAAUUCCCUAUCACCUGCCUCCUCUAAUACAGUCCCUAGUAAGUGCUAUCUCUCUCUGAGUUUGUCUGUUCUCUGUCCCUCAUGUAAGUGGGAUGUAUUACAGAUUCAGCUAACUUCAGAUCAAAACACCUAAGUGAAAAUUCUAUCUGCUCAAGAUGUGCAGACUUUGUUAACCCCAUAAACAAUGCAGUGUAACAGCUGUCUAUGUUUAUUACAACUGAACUGGGUUAUGAGCAAUCUAGAAAUCAUGUGAAGGGCAUUAGGUUAUAUGCAAAUACUCGGCUAUUUGAAAUAAAGAGCUCAAACAUCCUCAGCUCUCUGACAGGUCCUGGAACCACACCCCCAUGAAUGCCUUCAGACAGGUAUUUUGUCCUUUUUCUGGGGUGACUAUUCAUUCAGGAUUCACUGGUGUUGUAAAAUGUUGGAGUUUGUUGCUUAUCAGGACUGAGUAACAUGCUGUUGUAUGGUCUGUCACACCAGUUCUUUAAGCACUGGAGACCAAACUCGGGGAUUUGUACGGCUGCACAGACCAUCUGCCGCUGAGCUCCAUUCUCGCCUGUCCACUCAUUUCUAUUUUUAUGUGUGUGGAUGUUUACCAACGUGUGUGUAUGUACACCAUGUGUGUACCUGGUGCCCAAAGAAGAGGGCACUGGACACCCUAGAACAGGAGUUAGAGAUGUUGUGGGCCACCAUGUGGGUGCUGGGAAUUGAACCCAGGUCCUCUGGAAGCGCAGCCAAUGUUCUUAACCUCUGAGCCAACUCGUCUGUCCCAAACGAGCGUUUUUCCAGUCUGCUUUUAACUGUUGAGUAUCCACGCAGGAGUGGGAGGCUGGCCCAUGUUUAGUGUUGUGAGUAGCCGUCAUACUGUUGUACAGAAGAGCUGCGGGGUUGGAGUUCCUUCCCACAGUGCACUGACACUUGUUCUCUGUGACGCUCCUCUUUUUAUGUAUGAAAUACUGUUCUCUUGGAUUAGAUGGGGUAUAUCCUUUUGAUCUGCAUUUUCCUGAUGACGUUGAGUACCUUUUAUUUAUUUAUGUUAUUAGCCAUGUGCUUGUGGUCUGGAUAAAUGUGUAUUCACAUCCUUUGCCUACUUUUAUAUGUAUUUUAUUUUAUUUUAUUGUAGUUUUAAAGACAAAGUCUCAUUGUGUAGCCCUGGCUAGCUUGGAACUUGCUGUGUAGACUGGGCUGGUCUCAAACUCAUAGAGAUAUGCCUGUCUGCCUCCCAUGUGUUGAGAUUAAAAGCUUGUGCUACCAUG